UAUAUAUGUAUUUACAUUUAUAUUACAUUUCCUAUUGUAAUUUUCCAAGAUUGGAAUAAUUUUGAGUUUUAAGUAACUGGAUAAUGAUACAUUUAUAUUUUGAUCGUAUGAAUUUGACUCAUAUGAAGACAACAUUUUAUGUUUCAUUUAAGGUAUUUAAAUUUGAAGUGUAGAUAUAAUUUGGUCAAUAUUAGAAUUACAUUACUAUACUUCUGAAAAUCAAAUUUGUAAAUAUUUAUACUCAUCUUUUCUUCCUUGGCUAUGUAGAGAGAUUCAUUGCCAUUGAAAACUGCAAAAAUGAACCCACUGCCAUGCAGUCUUAUGUUGGCAUGAUGUUAUAUCGUACUAUUUAUAUUAGCUUGUAAUUAUGUUUUAGUAACUAUAUGAAUAUACUGAUAUGUUGAUAAAAAAGUCUUUAUUACCUACACUUAAUAUAACUCCUAUACUUGGCUAUACUAACCAUUUCAUCUUUGUCAUAGUUUAACAUUAUCACAUUUUCUACUUCUUUGUGUAAUUUGUUGGGCCUCUUUAACAUUAUAUACAUAAUACAUACAUACAUACACACACACACACAUAUAUAUAUAUAUAUAUAUAUACAUACACAGUAUACAGUCUAUAAUAAAAUUGUCAUUAGGCUUGUCUACAGAAGGAGACGCCGAGUUUUUGCUUUUGUCAUUGUAAAGUUGGGUGCUUGUCGUGGAGGACCCACAUGGGGGCGCUGUGAAGUCCUUUACUUCCUUUUUUUGACUCCUUUUCCGGUAACGCGGUAACUUGUUGACUAUGGAGUCUGUUUCCAUGGCAACCAGGCUACUCUAGCCGGACGCCGAAACGUCAACAAUAAAUGACAACUCCUAUACUGCUGAAGAAACACAAAUUGUGUAAGUUAAAACCAAAGUAGAUAAUUGGAAUGCAGAUACGAUGAAAGAGAAGGAAUUCAUUAUUUAGUUGAGAAGGUGUUAAUGUCGCGUGUCCCUUUUGUUUCUCGUUAUUCUUUGUCUUUAAUGUCUUGUCUUGUUUACUUUCAUCUCAAAGAUGGUACCCAAUUAUAAAGGUUCUUUAUCUCGCUGUUAGAUUGUUUAAAUUGAAUGUCAAAUUAAACAUACCGUUUAAUUUUGAUUAUCAUGGCGGAGGUUCGUAUCCGUGUGGCGGUUCGGUUGCGUCCACUGCUCCCCAGGGAGCUACUACACGCCCACCGGGAGUGUCUGCGGGUAAUUCCCGGGGCCCCUCAGGUGAUACUCGGUUCCGACCAGCUCUUCUCCUUCGACCACGCCUUUGGACCGAGCUCCAGCCAGCAUGAAGUGUACGAGUCCUGCGUUCGGCCGCUUACAAGGGGACUGCUGGACGGAACCAAUGCCACCGUGUUCUGUUAUGGACAAACCGGGUCUGGGAAAACAUACACGCUGGGAGGGAAUAAGAUGGAUGCAGACGGAGGCAUCAUCUCCUGCUUUGCCAAGGAUGUCUUCUCACUGCUGGACAAGAAGAAGCAGAGCAGCAGCGAUGGAAUGGAUGCCACGGUGCGUCUGUCCUACUUGGAGCUGUACAAGGAGGAGCUGCGGGACCUGCUGGAGCUCGACACCUCGCGCAAAGACCUGCACAUCAGGGAUAACUUCAGGGGGAACACAGUGGUGGUGGGAGCCAAAGAGGUGGUGGUCUCCACCUCCGAGGAGCUCCUCAACAUCCUGGAGGUGGGCAACGCCCUUAGGCAGACAGGUGCCACCGGCAUGAACAAGCACUCCAGCCGCUCCCACACCAUCCUCACGCUGUGGCUCAGCCAGACCUUCCCCGAUAAGCCCUCCAAGGCGGAGCACCUCUCCAAGUUCUGUGUGGUCGACCUAGCAGGCUCGGAGCGUGUCGGCAAAACGGGAAACACGGGGAUCCGAUUUGAGGAGUCAGUCCACAUCAACACGGGCCUCCUGGCGCUGGGCAACGUCAUCCGGGCCCUCACUAAUCCCGGUAGACAACGCAGCGCCUAUAUUCCGUACCGCCACGCCAAGAUCACGCGCCUGCUACGCGACUCACUAGGGGGAAAUGCCUGCACCCUAUUGGUGGCAUGUGUAAGCCCCUCCCACCACAGCUUUGCAGAAAGCUUGAGCGUGCUGAAGUUUGCGUCCAAGUCUCGCCACAUUCGCCACCAUGCUGAGGUGGAAGCACCUGACGCUGAAGACAGCCUUCCUUCAACGUUAACCUCUGACGACCCGCCUCUGACGUCCAAAGGUGGCGAUCUGGACCAUGAGGUCCAGCCUCUGAGACCACUACUGGAGCAGACCAGCCCACGUAAGGAUGACAACCAAACAAGAGAAGCAUCUCCUUACUCUUCACUGGUCCAUCAAGCUGCUAAGCUUCUGGCCGAGGUCUGCGGCCCAAAGACAAACGACUCUUUCGCACGUCGAGUGCGGGAGUGGAACAAGAGACUGAAGGCUGUCAGCCAAUCACAUCACAGCGAGGACGUCAGCUGGCUGGAGGAGAAAGACCUGAAGACGUGUCCGGCGUCCGUGGAGGCAGAUUGCCAGCUGCAGCAAAAAGUCGCUAAACUGAAAGAAGUGCAAAAAGAAGGAAAGGAGCUCCCACAGAAGCACAGCGUCUUCAUGCAGGCUUUUUGGGAGCAGAAGGAACAGACCGAGCGGCUGGUGGACCAGCAGAUCCUCAUUGACUGUCUUCGCUGCGACCUCAUGACCUUGAGGGGUAAAACAUGCUGCAGGGGUCAACACGGACCUCACAGCGCCAGCCUGGUCCGACCCAGCUGUGGACACAUGCUGAUCAGCAAGAUGCAUGCCAGUCUGCCGGCCGAGUCGCUGGAGAGGCUGAUGGCAACUUUUAAGGUGAGCAGCCAUCGCUUGCAGAGUGAGGAGGAGAUGAAGGAUUUCUGUCCUCUGCUGAAGCAAACGGCAGAGUUUAAAGGACAAGAGACAAAAGACGGGAUGGACUUUGCGAGUGGGCUUGGAUGGACCAGCAGACAGAAGAAGUCGACCCUGAAAGAAAAGACGUUCGGACAGGAGCAGACGUCCAAGCAAAGACCUCAGCAGGCCACUCGCAUCUCUGAGCAGUGUCGUACGAGGCAGAGAGCCAGCUUGACUCAGAGGAGGAUCCAGAUGCUGUCUGCCAACAUGUCCUUAAAAGAGGAACUGGUCAAAGAGAUGGAAAAAACUGAGAAGGACACCCGUGCGGCGGUGCGACACGACUCGGGCGACCGCAGAGAGGACGACGUGCUGGCGUGGCUGUCUGAGCAGAGCAGGCAGGGCCGAGCCACGCUGCGUCACAGCCUGCAGCACAUGGACCUGCUGAGGGCUCAGCUGCAGAGGAGCCUGAGGAGGACCAGCCUAGACAGCAGUGACAACCCUGAAGAAUGGAACCCUGGCAGGGUGGACCGUCUUGUAGAUUUAAACGUGUACAGAAAUCAACCUCAGCAGGGGUCAAAAGAGCAGCACGAGUGUUGUUGGCUGGAGGAGGCCGAGGAGUUGGAACUGCAGAGGAGAGCCAAGCAGCAGGAGAUGGAGGAGGAGCUCAGGAGCAGCCAGGACGUGCUUCAACGCAGGGACGCCUGCCUGGAACAGAAGAACAAACUGGAGACGGCGAGGCUACGCUCCAGUCAGGCUUUGAGGCAGGACCUUCUCAGAGUGUCACUGCGCUUGGAAACGCUGGAGGAGAAGAUGGGGAACUGUGGCGGCGUGAAGCAGGCAACACAAACGUCAUUGAAGGAGCUGGAGAAGCAGUGGGAGACACUUAAAAAGAGGAGAGACUGCCUGGAUUCACAACUUAAGGACAACACAGUGCUCACUGUGGAGGAGGAGCAGUUGGAGGAGGCCGUACAAGUCCUGGAUGCCGCUCUGGACUUUAAGGAACGAUCCAUUAGGGACCAGCAGGAGAAGAUGGCGUCGCCAUGUGAGAGAGCCCUUCUGUUUGACAUCACCACGAAACUGAGGACGCUCUCGCAAGCCGAAGCAUCGGAGCUGCUUGUCAAAUACUUCAACAAAGUGAUCAGCCUUCGUCAGACGGAAGGUCGCUUGUGUCUGUACUGCGAGGAGCUGGAGAUCUUGUGUGGCGAGCAGGAGGCGGCGUGCAGGCAGCUGGAGGCCGCCUUGCAGCACUUGGCCUUGGAUGCCGACCGCAGGCUCACCCUGCAGCAACAGGAACAUCAAAGGAACAUCCAGCUCCUGCUGCGCAAACUUAAAGAGGGCAUCUCCGGAGAAGCACAGCUGGUACUCCAAGACCGUCUCCAGAACCUAGAGAAAGAACUGUUCUUCUACAAGCACUGCAGCCGCAAGCUGAGGAAGCAGCUCAAAGAGUCGCAGAACGACGCCCAACCUGUCACAAAUGACACCGCUCAAGCACAUGCGGAAUCCAAAGAUGCGAAGACGCACGCUGGGCAACAACAAAGCCCGUCCUCUUCUUCGUCGUCGUCGUCCACCGAGCUGCACGGGGGCACCAAGGCGCCUGCCGAGUGUCAUCAGAUAAGCUCGCUGGCGCGUUUCCAUGGUUACAGCGAAAGAUGGCCGCCUCACCACCACCUCGGGUCGCAAACGGCGUUUGGCCUCCGUCGUAAGAAGCUCAGAGAGCUAUCUCCCGCUGACGUGCAAGCUCGGGAUUCUGUGGUGGACACUGGCAUCGAGAUGCUGUCUGACGACUCGCUGGACGUGUCCACCAGCAGUUAAUGUUAAUGUUGUGGCCAGUGAGUGGAUGGUCCAACUGUUUUCUACCACAAAGACUCUUACUUAGGGAUAACCAAUAAUAUCGGCGGCCCAAUAUUUGCAUAAAAAUGUAAUAUCGGUCAAUAUCAGUAUCAGGAUUUUUCCCUAUAAUGAAGCCGAUAAUAAACAUAAUGCUGUAUACAGUAUAGGCCUAUGGGCUCCCGUAUUUUCUGGCGCACGAAUGAUGACCUCGGCAAACUGCCUCUCAAGCCUGUAAACAAACGUGGGUGGCUAAAAACAAGGUAGCUUGCGCCUUCCAAUCCAUCCAUAUUCUAAAUAUGCCGCCUAUCCUUACUAGAAGGAAUGUAACAAUUCCUGGAAGUAAGCGAUAGUAAAAUCUGAGACUGUGUGAGCGCUUGAUAAGUGAAAAUGCUUUUUGAUAUAUCGCGUGUAUUUUCAUUCCUAUACAUGUUUGUUAGGUAGAUUACUUUUCCUCUUCAAUUUCACAUCAGAUUUAUACCGAGUGUUGGACGAACACCUGUAGUCAUACGAGUGCCUUGAAAGUUAAGUCCAACUUUGAACCUUUCAAACUCAUGGAUCGGAGCUUCAGGACAAGAUAAAAAAGGUAUGUAGGAUACAAAUUCACUAUUCUACAAAUUUUCGGGCAUUUGUUGACUAUCCGCCAAUAUUUUGGCGGAUAGUCCAGCUUGGUAUUGGCCCAUGUUCACAAAACAGUCCCAUGUGACAUGUCGUUGACAGAUGAGCAUAUUUUUCUCUUGCUGGCCGGGAAUCAGCAGCUCCAACCACUUGUGCCUGACGCUUGCCUCUUUAGGUACACCCCAACAAACAUUUCCUGGGAGCCAUUGCUCGACGUGCUAACACCAGCGGGGGUGCUGGCCAUGCCCAUUUAAGGAAGUCCGGGUUGCGUUGAUGUCAGUGGAACUUGAUGUAAAAAAAACCCUCUGUAAAACACAGCGUGCAUAGCCGUCCCAAACUGCUUUCAGGUCUCACUUCCGAAGUGCAAACCUCAUUAUCUGACGUGUCGGCAACGCUUAACACGAGAAUACAACAUUGUAACAUUUACAGGUCAGAAAAGAGGAAAAGCAUAAUAGGUCCCCUUUAACAUUUAUCUGCAGAUGAAAUUACAUUCAAAUUAGAUGGUGCCAAAUAUGUUAAUUUUGCCCCGGAAUUAGUGGACAUGCAAUUUGUAGUGUGGCGUGGAAACAAAUACUGCGUGCUGCUGCACAGUGUUGGAGCUACAGUAUGUGGUCCACCCCAGCCACCUCACUGGCCAUCUAGACAUUUCAGGUAUGAACUUAUUGCCAGCCCUAUGUGAGCAAGGAGCUCACCUUGGCCACUCCAUUGAAACAUUUCUGGCUCCGCCACUGCCGCUGCACUAAGAGUGCUAGGCCGACAUGAAAAUUCUGGCACUUGAUAUUCUUCCCUGGAGUUUUUGGCCAUCAAAAAAAUGUAAAUGGCUGCUCUGUUGACUUUUAAAACAAAUGUCACAGCCUAAGCCUAAUGGCAAGUAUUUGUCAGAUGUUGUACAAUGUUGUUUACAGCCACGUUGACAAGCUAAUUGCUGAUGCUUCACAACAGAUGUGUGUUCAUUUCACGACGGGAGAUAUAUGAUGUUACACAUAUCGGUAUCGGCAGAUAUCGGUAUCGGAAAUUGAGAGUUGGACAAUAUCGGUUAUCGUCAAGAAAGCCAAUAUCGGACAUCCUUAGUCUUAGCGGAGCACUUUUUUUGUAUUAUGUUUUGUCAUCCCCCAAUAGCACACUUCUAACAACACAAUCUAGACAGUUCAGGUUAGAAUAAAGUUAGGACUUUUUUUGUCACAGACAACCACAGAUCCAACAAUCAGAUCACAGCAAGCUACGCUUUUAUUGCUUGAAAACUACACUGACUGCUGUCUAAUUAUGUCGUGUCACAACAUUAUUACAUCUACUGAUUGCUUAGCUCUUGUGUAUUUGUUGUUUAGUCCAGUGGAUACGCGACACUUGCAGUACUACAAAAAUUACUUGUUAAAUACUUGACAACUUUGAUUCAUUUUAUUAAUGAAUAUAUCAAAUAUAUAUCAGAGAUUGUCCCAAGAUUAAACAAUUUUUGAAUACCCACCCACUUCAAAUAAACACGGCACCUCCAAAAGAAGCUUUCUUCUUCGCCUCAAGAAGAACCUGUUCACUCUUGACUGAUUAUAUAUAUGAUCCUUUUUAGAAUAUUAGGGCCUGAGCACAGAGUAUAAAAUGUUUGUGGGGAAAAAAAGGUUGUAAAAAUCAAUUUAAUACCAUUGUAACAACGCUUUCAGUCAAAUAAAGGCCUUCCCCCUUAACUUAUUGUUAGUUAUUAUAAAGUUUCAGACAAAUGUACGUAGGUAUACUAGAUGGUGUUUUUCUUCUGAGGAAGACCACAGGUGACGGUGGAAACAAAAAUACAAUCUCAUAAACCGGCGCUAAACCAAAAACGUAUUCAAUAAGACAAAAUGAACAGCUUUUUAAAACUAGAAGUACACUUGAUCAAAUAAAAGCCUCCCUCAUCAAUUGUGAUCGUAAACGCAUUUGAACAAAUACAGUCCUACCUUCUAAUACAGGGGUGGACAAACUGAGGGGCCGUCUUAGGUGGUUAUCAAACAAUGACAUACUUACUCACGGUGCAACGAAAUAAUACAACACAUCCAUAGCAAGGUAGCGCAUCACAUAAAUCUACUACUACUACGUGAGUGACGAACAACAAGCAAGUCCUAAACAUAACAUGUAACAGACUGUACAAGUGCCCACAAGGCAUGCUGGGUAGUCCAGUGGCAACAACAAUAUGAACGAUAAAGCAUUUCAUUAACGCCCCUCCUUGUUCACUUGUUGGACAACUUCAACAUAUUUUGCAAUCAAGCAGAAUGUGACAAACACUCCAACAUGUUGCGAGAGUGUACCACAAGCUACCCAGCAUGUCUUGCGGCGGGAAUACAUGGGUGUAAUUUUGGUGUACACGGUUAUUUGUAUGCUCACAUGGUACAGUCAAUAGGGUACGCUGUGCGUCACGUGUGUUGACUUGUGUGGCUCGCUUUUUUGUACAAGCUACACAGCAUCUGCACUGCAUCUGAGGAUUUCAUGUACAACUCAAGCGUACCACAAUAGCCGGCUACAGCCUCUAUGUUAAAGGUUUAAAAACAAGUCAUUUGGGCUGGAUGUAGCCCAUGGGCCGCCGUUUGCCCAUGCCUGCUCUGAUAAAACCCUUACCCUCUCUAAUAGAUGCCCAGUAUGCUCUGCAGUUGAGCAAAUAAUUAACUAUAAUUAACUAAAUCAACUAUCAAGCAAACAAAACCACACUCAAAAAAAAAUCACUGAAAAAGUAUUUUAAUUACUUAACAGUGGACAAACUAGAAACAUUCCAUGAUUUUUUCGCAACAAUUUUGGCAUUUUUGGAACCCACAGAAUGACAUCAGGCACUCCUGUCGCUACGUAACCUUUUUGUGCCUGUAGAGGGCAGCAUUGAACCAUUUACCAUUGAAGCACAAUGUAUACUGUGUGUGAGUGUGUGUGUGUGUGUGUGUUCGGGGCAUGCACGCAGUCCAAUAUAACAAAAAAAAAAAAGAACAUCUUCAUUUGCUAAUGCGCUGCUAUCAGAGAUCAGCUUCGGAACCUUUCUUCCCCCUUUUGUUUCCCUGUCAACCACAUCACACAAUCAGUUGAACAUCAAAUCAUAUUUGAACACCAGAUCAACCUUUUUACAUGACGAGACAUGUGAGAGAAAAUAGUGUGCCUGUCUUACCUGAUGUUUUGGUUGCUCUGACUGCAAACCUUUGAGCUUAGAUCGCUCUUGUUCCAGAGCCACGUGUAGUAAAGUCACCUACAAAUACAAACGCCCCCACCAUAAGUCCUUCACGGGAUGCACCGGUCGCACGCAUGCACAGAAGUACAACACAACCUGUGACGAGAGCUCCUCUUUGAUAUGAAGCAGCUCCUCCACCUGCAGCAGGAUCUCUGCUUUGUCUUUCACUACAAACACACAAGGAUCGUAACAAAUGCAUUUUUUUUUUAACCUUUACACCUUGGCAUCUUUUUUCACUCACUCUCUCCUUGUUGGAGCAUCUUAAGAAGCUGCCAGUUUCUUGCUUUCACCUCUUUGUAUUUCACCUAAAACAACACAUACAUUAGUGAAGGUCUGGUAAGACUUUAAUAAUGAUUUAGAGUGCAUGAGACAGUGUAACAUGAGUUUCACACCAACAGCUGAGUAGUUUGUCAUUUUGAUAAUGUUGACCACUCUGCUGGUCAAUACUUGUGCUACAAAUUAUCGGCGAUAAUCGGUAUUAUCGGCAACAUUUUUUGAGACAAUUUUUUUCAUUAAUAAUUGUCAUGGGACGUGUAAUUAACAUUUGAACUACUAGAUGGUAUUCGAGUAUAGCGUACCUUGUGUGAGCCACAUUAGCUUGACACAAAAGUUGCCUGUAUCAUACAGACAACUUCUGAGCUCACUUUGUCAUUAAUUAUGUGGCAUAAAAUGCCUGUCACGCUAACAAAUUUUACUGGUAGAUCAUUGUGCUACAAAUUAUUUUCGAUAAUCGAUGGUUGUGGCAUUUUUUUUUAACCAUUUUUCAUUGCUUGUAUGGCAUGAUGCCAUUACAUUGUAUCAAAUGCAAUAAACUUUUAAUUUCUAGAAAGUAUUUAACAUUAUAAUCGGAAUGUCAACAGUUUUUAAAUACAAUACAUUAAACAAAUAAACAACAUGCUUGUGACAUUGGCUUUUCAACCGUAUUGAAUGGGUGCAUUUCGUUGCAAGUGCGCACCAUUUUGUGCGGUUUGGUUUGUAUUUGCUUUGCUGACUAAACGCCUCAGUAAGCGUUGGCUGUCGGGACGAAGGUGCUGCUGCAGCUCCAGCAGUAGUUUUUUUUCCCCCAGUUGGUAAAGCUGAAAAGGAUGGUUGUUUUUCAGGUGGGCUUCCUUGUCACUACUUUCGAACAAAUGACGCUCACCUUGUUCAUUCUGUUUAAAACCAAAAUAUUCCCACUCUGUGGCUGUUGCGUUUGCCUUAGAAACCAUCGCUUCUGUGCCUUCGUUCAUGUGAGCAUAUGCUUUCUCACGAGGCUACUUUAGACUGCGGUUAAUUGAAUGGAGGUGUUAAUUGGAGCAUUCAUUAUCGCCACACGAUAAAGUUCAACAAACGCUGAAGGUCUGACCUCCCAUUGUGUGAUGGUCUUCUUCAGCUCCUGGAUCUCCUGGUCCUUCUUCUCCAGCUCGUACUUCAGCUGUUCUGCUCGCGGGUCCUAUUAGCGCACAGGACGGGAGUUAGAAGUCAAGUGGGAAUAUGACCCAAGCUUAAAAUGGUAUCAGCUGCCGUCAUGCUUUUUAUUUGGAUUUUAUUUUGUAAUGCCAUAACAUAAAGGUAAACCACUAACCAUGGAACAGAAAACAGGACUGACUCCUCAGUAACAAAUGGACAAGACUCGGCUUCUGUGGACGACUCCCUUAGGUGAGUACACAAUUUCUACAUACUUUUAAUGUUUUACUAGACAGUGGUUAACGUCUUCUUACACUUGACAGGAACGCCUCCCUCCACUUCCUGAAAUGCUACAUGUCUCACAUCAUCAAAAAGUGAGUAUCUUUCUUGUAUUACACAAAAGUUUUACCUCCAUACGAAAAUGUUAAAAUGCAACUCAAAACGUUGCCUCUACAGUCGUCCGUCAUUCAAUCACGGUUCAAACAAUGCUCC